AUGAAGCAGCGCAACAUACGCAAGAAGCGCGCGCUGGAUGAGCAGGAGGAGCUGUCAGAGGGGGAGGCGGAGGGGGCGGAGGGGCAGCCCAAGCUGACAGCCGAUGACAUCAAGCUGCUGCAGAAGCAGCGGCAGCGCCGCACGGUGCGCCUGGCCACUGCCGAGACGCGCGGCGUGCAGCCGGCCUGGCGCCUGCAAGCUGGCAGCGGUGUGGAUGUCGGCUCGCUGAUGGUGGCUGACGUGCGGGUGGAGCGGAAGGAGGCGGGGGCAGCGGCGGUGGUGGGUGAUGUGCUACAGGCGGCGUUCAAGCGCGAGCGGCGGCUUCACUCGGAGGAUGAGGACGUCAACAUGAAGAAGUACGUUGAGGAGCAGCUGGCCAAGCGCAUGGGGCGGCCCGGGCAGGAGGAGGAGGAGGCGGCGGCGGCGGAGGCGGAGCGGCGCGCGCGCAUGCAGGACCCGCUCCUGGCAGCCAUGCCCGAGGGCCUCCAGAAGCGGCAGCAGGACACGGAGCUGGGCCCCAGCUGGGUGGCAGGCAUCACCGAGGUGCCGCUGAGCAUGGAGCAGAAGCUGGCCAACAUCGAGGCCACGGAGGCGGCCAAGAAGCAGCUGCUGGCGGCGGCGCCGCUGGGCGACGACGACGACGAGGGCGGCGCGCAGGGCGGCGGCGCGCGGCGCGGCCAGUACCCCGUCUCCUUUGGCAGGCAGGACCCCAAGCACCUCAAGGUGGUGGCGGAGGCGCAGGCCAAGAAGGCGCGCAUGCGGGUGCUGCAGGAGGAGAAGAAGCGGCGCAAGAAGGAGGAGUUUGCGGGGUGGUGA